ACAGCCCCACCAGGGGGAGGCGGGGUCAGCACAAGGGGCGUGUUCAGCCUGGGGCGUUGAUUGACAGAACGGCCGUGGGAGGGGCGGGGUCAGCGGCGGGCGAUGAGGUGACGUGAUGACGCGAUGACGGUGAGCGGCUGCCCGCCCGCCCGCCAUGUUGAUCACGUUGUGCUACCUUUACCUGUGGCUUCGCUUCCAGAAAUGCUACGCCAUGAUCAUCUGCCGGGCCGUGCGGCGCUUCCACCGUCACACCAGCCUUGCCUUUGUCGUGCUGCCGCCGCCGCCGCCGCCGGACACCGACUGCCGAUCACGGGCCGUCGCGCCCACAGCGCCUGUGGAGAAGGUCUGUGUCCGGCUGGCCGACAGGGCUUUCCUGCUGGCCGAGCCCCAAAAGCUUUCUGAUGAUCUGAGUAAAUGGUCACUAUAUGAGCCCAAGAUAGCUAACCCUGAAUAUACUCAGCAUGGAAAGCAUAUUGUCUUUCUAAUAGAAGCUGCAUUGGAAAAUGUCUGUUUUGAUUCUAUCUCCGUUCCUUCUGAAAAGAUUUUAAAAUAUUCUGACUUGUGCACACCAUUGGCAUAUUUACUCGGCGAUCCCUACAAGUUAAUUGCUGAAACGAACGUGGAUGAUUUUAGCAGACUUGGAGUAGCCUUCAUGGAGAACAGACUACAGAUGGAUGAUAGAAUGGUACCUCGAAAAAUUAUUUCUUUGCAGAUUAAUGAAUCAGUUCAAAUGAAGUUACUGCAAUCAAAUGCUGUGUUUGAAAAAGCAAGCAAGAAACCAGGAGAUCCUCAGAUCCAAGAUAUUGUAGAUGAUACCUCUGCUAAAGAUACUUCUAGCAAACUGACGAAUGAGGCAACUGUGGGUUCAUUCGGUGAUGGCUAUUGUGCAGUUAGUUCUGGGAAGGCCCAACAACUAGACAUGGCAGAAAUCGCAGAAGUUCAUAGUAAAGAGUUCCACACAUCCCAAGAAGGAAUGGAACUUCAAAGCCACCAUCUUCACCUUGCCAGUUGCUCUGAGUGUUUGGAGAUGGAAAACAGUACCAUUGAAUCAGUCAGAUAUGCCUCGGCAGAUAAUCUACUGGACCUCUCUGAUGACUAUUGUGGAAGCUCUGAUGAAACGGUAAUAGGAGAGGACAAUUUAAUGGAAAAUACAAGGCAAAAUAACAAGAGUGGGAAGCCUCCCAAUGUGUUGAUAUAUGUUGGAUCCAAUUACAGUCAGUACUUGACGAAGUUUCAGCAAGUAAAGUCUAUUUUAAUUGAUUGCCUUGACAAUGAUAGGUAUGCUAUCUAUCCUCUUCUCGAAGAACAGAUUCUGACAGAGCCUUGGGCUGAUAAUUCUUUGUUACUGGUUGUGGCCUUGUGACAAGCCGUGUCUGAACAAAUUAAUGGACAAUUCAUGAGUUACUUGUCCAAAGGUGGGAAAAUAUUGGGACUCUGCACGCCAUUUUGUUUUGGUGAGAUCAAAAUAUCUCAUAAAAAUGAAUUGAAGGAAAAGAUUCACAGGUUUAGCUUCACGAAAUCUGAUGGCACUGAUGUAAUCCUGGAUGCUUUUACCAGUGGCAACAUUUUCUUAAAAGAGAUGAAUAGCACAGAGAAUGCCACAAAAGAUCUUGAGUUGUUGGGAAGUUUGACUGAUCUUGAAAAAGACAUGGUGAUUGUACGUCUAUCCUACGGAGAAAAAGGAGGAGAAGCCGUUCUCUGCCAGGUUCAUCUUGAAAUCCCUCCUGAUUCAACUGAGAUGCAAGAGGAUUUCACGGCACUUAAACAGAGCAAUGCACUACGAUAUGAAGUAUUGACAGAAAUCCUGAAACAUUUACAACUUAGUUGUGGACUUUCUGAAAUGCCACCAUUGACACCAGUGCAUCUGUUGGCCAAGGCAGAGGAGACUCAGCGUACUUUCCUUAGAUGGCUGCGGCCGCAACUGGAUGAAGAAGGUGUGCUUAAAUCGCCAAAGAUAUCUUUGAAAGUUGUAACAAAGCAUCAACCUGGAUUGGAGGCUACACCCAGCUCCUUGCCACUCAUUGUGGAUUCACAUAAAUUUUCAUCGGAAUAUUUUGACAUGAAAAUCUACUGUGAAAAUCUUCAAACACAACUGUUGGGUCAAUUAAUUUUCUUCAGUGAAGUGAUCCCAACUACGAUGGACGUAUUUGAUGGGUUGAUGCUUCAGUUGCCAGAGGAAGUAGGGCUAAUUGCUAUUGCAGUUCGACAAACACAAGGCAAAGGUCGUGGACAAAAUAUAUGGAUUAGUUCCAUCGGCAGCGCCAUGUUCACAAUCCAAGUUCGGAUUCAAUUGAACUCUCAGCUUGGACAGAACAUUUCAUUCCUACAGCAUUUAGUUGCACUGGCUGCUGUGGAGUCUGUCUUAUCCAUUCCAGGUUAUGAGGACAUUGACUUGAAGGUUAAAUGGCCAAAUGAUAUUUACUUCGGUAAUCUCAUGAAGCUGGGUGGUGUCCUGGUCAAUUCUACUUUGAUGGGAACAACUUUUCACAUGCUUGUUGGCUGUGGAUUCAACGUAGCUAACAGUAACCCAACUAUAUGCAUCAAUGAUAUAAUUCAACAACAUAACAAAGUGCACGGAACGCAUCUGCAGCUGCUGCGAACAGACCAGUUGAUGGCUAGAACAGUCACGGUCCUUGAAAAUCUGAUCAGCACUUUCCAAACCGAAGGGGCAAAUGGAGUUUUGCCACUUUAUUAUAAGAGAUGGGUGCACAGUGGCACACAGGUGCGAUUAUGGAAGGAGGACGGUCCUGCAGCGUGGAUUAUUGGGCUGGAUGAUUCUGGCUUCCUUCAGGUGCUUCAGGAAGGUGAUAAUAAUAUUGUUACAGUGCAACCUGACGGGAACUCGUUUGACAUGCUUCGUAAUCUUAUCAUCACCAAGCAGCAUUAGAGUGGACCAGGAUGUGUGGAGCAUUUGCUGUCCCAGAACAGCUGGAUAGAUUAUAUGUUCCUUUUAAUUCACUUGCGCUGUGAGUCUUUUCUACCAGCAGUGCCAUAAUUUCAGACGUUUCAGGGCACUCUGCUUGGUAAUGGAGAGGUCAGUCUUUUGCCAGAGGGAAUAUAAAGUUGCUGAGGUUUGGGUAUUGGUAAAAUAUGUUCAGGUAAAAAGUUAGUUAAGAUGCUUGCAAAAGUUGUCCCACAUACAGGAAGCAAUCUUUAUGUUUUGUAAAGUAAAUAAAACCAAAAAUUGUAUCUUGUUUCACUUCAAAGGGGAGGGAAAUAGGACCAAUUUCACAAGCAAUCUCCUGUCGCUGAGGGUUCAUAUCAUCAUAAAACCAUAAGACAUAUGAGCAGAAUAAGGCCAUUCAGCCCAUCUAGUAUGCUCUGCCAUUCGAUCAUGGCUAAUCUAUUUUUCCCUCUCAACCCCAUUCUCCUGCCUUCUCCCCUUAACCCUUGACACUCUUACAAAUUAAAAACCUAUCGAUCUCCGAUUUUAAAAUACUCAAUGACUUGGCCUCCAAUACUGCCUGCGGCAAUAAAUUCCACAGAUUCACCACCCUCUGUCUAAAUAAAUUCCUCCUCCUCUCCAUUGUAAAGGUGCAUCAUUUUAUAUUGAGUGUGCCCUACUGGUCUUAGCCUCUUACUAGUGGAAACAUCCUCUCCACAUCCACUCUAUUUGGGCCUUUCAUUAUUUGGUAAGUUUCAAUGAUAUCCCCUACACUAAGACCAAGAAGGUACCCAAACAUUACUAGCGACAGUUUUCAAUAAAGAAAGAUUAAUGCAGGGGUGCAUUAAGAAAUACCCUCUUAGUUACACAUGCUCUGAUUGACUGUUUUUCUAGCAUCACAACCUCCUAACUUAAAAUCCUAGCUCUCAGCGCAGCAGAGAAUUAUCUAUUUAUCCCUUAUUUUGAUGUGAGAGUCAAAACCUUUUAAUUGCAGUAUGUACCAACAAUGGAACAAUGAAAUUCUUACUUGUAGCUACAUAACAGGUUGGUAAACCUCUAAAUGCUCCACCUAUUUGCAACUACUCCUCAGGACCUGCCUGAAGGCCACUACUGACGUCUGAACAGGCAAAUAUCAGUCUAAACCCAAUGAGCAAAUUACACAAGGGCACUGAUCACCGAGAACAUCUGGCAGGUUUUAUGGGAAUGAGCUCUGAACAGGAAUUUCCCACCAAUCUCUUCAGAUAUGCUGCCCACUUCAUUCACAUCUGUGGUCUGAUACUUGAUGAUUUAUCCUAAUGUUUUCCUCACAACAGGUAGAUGAAUACCAUCAUUACAGCAAUAACUGUGCCUUUAUACAGCUGAUUGCAGCUUGUAUAUUCAGUCUUUUUUUUGGUAGUACAGGCUAGGAAGUUUUUAUAACAAGAUUUUCUUGUCCUGAUUGCGCAUAAUAGAAACUUAUGUUGAUAUCGUUUUGGUAGGACUUUCAUUCAGAAUUUUACUUCAACAUGGAAACACUCCUACAAGUUUGCACUGAAUGAUUAUUUUUGAGUUUUCAAUGAAAAAUAGUAACCUCAAAAACAAAACUAGUAUUUAUUCAAGGAAAUAUUCCAAUUGAAAUGUUAUCUUUUCUAUGUUCAUAUGUAAAAUAUGUAACAUGUUGAAAAUACAGGUCUUGGUUUUAACUUGUUUGAUAGAAAAAUUACUUCUGAAGUUAAUUUAAUGCGUUAUUUUUGAUGUUUAUACAAAAAUAAAUCGAUUUUUUAUAACUGACCUGG